CGUCCUUCGUUCCGUGAAGCGAGGGGGCGCCGCUGUUCUCUCUCCGGGGUUUGGCCAGGACUGUUUUGCCUUCACAAUGUUCGGGGACUUAUUUGAAGAGGAUUUUUCCUUUAUUUCAAACAAUCAUUGUGGAAAAGGGAAGAAAUCAAAGCCCAGAGAUUCUGAGCCUCCAGCUCCCAGGGAUGUCACCAACCUAAGUGGUAUCAAAAAUCAGGGUGGGACCUGCUACCUCAAUUCCCUCCUGCAGACUCUGCUUUUCACACCUGAAUUUAGAGAGGCGCUGUUCUCUCUAGGACCUGAAGAACUUGGGACUCUGGAUGACAGCAGUAAACCAGAUGCAAAGGUUCGAAUAAUUCCAUUACAACUUCAACGGUUAUUUGCUCAGCUUCUGCUCUUGGACCAGCAGGCUGCAUCUACAACAGACCUUACCGAGAGCUUCGGGUGGAACAGCCAUGAGGAAAUGAGGCAGCAUGAUGUGCAGGAAUUAAAUCGGAUUCUGUUCAGUGCUUUGGAAACUUCCCUUGUGGGAACUUCGGGUCAUGACCUUAUUAACCGAUUGUACCAUGGGAUUGUUGUCAACCAGAUUGUUUGUAAAGAAUGCAAGAAUAUCAGUGAGAGACAGGAAGAUUUCUUAGACCUAACAGUGGCGGUAAAAGGUGUAGCUGGCUUGGAGGAGGCCCUGUGGAACAUGUAUGUAGAAGAAGAGUACUUUGAAAAUGAGAACUUGUAUCGAUGCGGAGCCUGUGAUAAACUUGUUGAAGCUUCAAAGUCUGCUAAACUACGCAAGUUGCCGCCAUUUCUCACCAUUUCUCUCCUGAGAUUUAACUUUGACUUUGAGAAGUGUGAACGAUACAAGGAAACAAGCUGCUAUACAUUCCCUAUCCAGAUAAAUCUGAGGCCUUUUUGUGAGCAGACUGAAAUGGAUGAUUCAGAGUACAUGUAUGAGCUCUUCUCUGUUAUUAUACAUAAAGGUGGCUGCUAUGGAGGACACUAUCAUGUUUAUAUCAGAGAUGUGGAUGAAUUAGGAAACUGGCAAUUACAAGAAGAAGAGGAUAGGCUGAUUGAAGACACGGCUUUAAGAGAUACCGAAAAUGCCAAAGAAAUAGAAAAUCCAUUGGCAGUCUUAAAAGGGAUUUUAUCAGAGGAAGAAUCUAAGCAAAUUCCCGUGGAUCAAUUAGGGCAGAAAUUAUUGGAGAAAAAAGGGGUGUCCUGGAAUAAGAAAUACCGAAAACAGUAUGGAGCAUUACGAAAGUAUUUGCAGAAUCAUCCUCAGAUAUUUCAGUUCAGUCCUGAUGAAAAUAAGGUUGGUCUGAAGGCAAAACACAAGCUCCCGUUUAAGUCCGAUCCUCGAGGACGAGAUCUCCAAAGCCCUCCUCAGAAGAACGAGGUCCAGUGGAAUUCAGAAAAAGAACCUGCAAGGCUAAGGGACAGUUCUGCUGGUUGCCAUUGGGCAUAA